GAUGCCUUUAAAAAAAUAGCAGGAAGAGAAGAUUUCCUUGUUUUAAGAAGGCGCUUAUUUGUCCUGGAAAUUUAGUGCACCUUCAAUAUGAUAGCACCAUACUGACUUAUCAGGAUCCAACUGCAGCUUGUGCAUUCCGGUUCUUGUUUAAUAUUUCACCAUGCCUUGCUCCAUUCAGACUGAUUGAUGAAUGGAAAAGCUUGUCCACUUUCUUAUUCAUAGCUUCCCUUAAUGGGGGGAAGAGGAAAGAGACAAGUAUUUUGGCCAAAAAGAUGUUCAGUUCCUGUCCCUGAUGAGCCAGUGGAGUAAAAGGCUUGAGGCAAUAUGUUAGUGAGAAGCUGCAAGCGAGAUUAGCUGUAAUGGCAACACAGAAUUUCUACCUUCCGGGUAGAGUAAUAGUACCCUGAUGCCAUGUUUUCCACCAUGCUGUACCCCUUUGGACUCGUGUCUUCAGCAACAGGGGUGGUCAAACGAGGCUUAGCAUGGCAGGCUAGAUUUCAGAGAGCUCCACCUGGGACAGGAUGUUUCUGGGCACAGUCACUUGUUCCGGCAAAUGUGUUUCUGUCUUGCUGCUUUCCUUUUUCUCUUUUCCAGAUGAUUGGUGAUCAAUCUAUCCAGCUGCCGGUAUGAGAGUGUGCGCAGGGCCGCCCAACAGUACGGCCUUAGAGAGGGAGGGGAAAACGAUGACUGGACUCUCUAUUGGACAGAUUACUCAGUAUCACUGGAGCGGGUGAUGGAAAUGAAAAGUUACCAGAAGAUCAAUCACUUUCCCGGGAUGAGUGAAAUCUGCCGGAAGGACUUGCUGGCCAGGAAUAUGAGCCGCAUGUUAAAGAUGUUCCCUAAAGAUUUCCACUUUUUCCCUAGGACCUGGUGUCUUCCUGCUGACUGGGGAGAUUUGCAGACCUACAGCAGGUCAAGAAAAAAUAAGACAUACAUUUGUAAGCCGGAUUCGGGCUGCCAAGGGAAAGGUAUAUUCAUCACCCGGACAGUGAAAGAAAUCAAACCAGGGGAGGAUAUGAUCUGUCAGCUCUAUAUUUCAAAGCCCUUUAUCAUUGAUGGGUUUAAGUUUGACCUACGCAUUUAUGUACUGGUGACAUCCUGUGACCCCCUCAGGAUUUUUGUGUACAAUGAAGGACUGGCCCGCUUUGCAACGACCUCUUACUCCCGCCCUUGCACAGACAACCUGGAUGAUAUCUGCAUGCACCUGACUAAUUAUUCCAUUAAUAAGCACAGUUCAAAUUUCAGUCGAGACGCUCACUCUGGCAGUAAGAGGAAGCUCUCCACCUUCAAUGCAUACAUGGAAGACCACAGCUACAAUGUGGAGCAGAUAUGGAGGGAUAUUGAGGACGUCAUCAUCAAGACCCUCAUCUCGGCGCACCCCAUCGUCAGGCAUAACUACCACACCUGCUUCCCCAGCCACACACUCAGCAGCGCCUGCUUUGAGGUCCUGGGCUUCGACAUUUUGUUGGACCGCAGACUCAAACCCUGGCUGCUGGAGGUCAACCACUCUCCAAGCUUCUCCACUGACUCUCGGUUGGAUAAAGAGGUGAAAGAUGGUCUGCUGUAUGACACUUUAGUCCUGAUCAACCUGGAAAGCUGUGACAAGAAGAAAGUCUUGGAGGAGGAGAGACUACGGGGGCAGUUCCUGCAGCAGUGUUGUUCUCGGGAGAUGAGGAUUGAGGAAGUCAAGGGUUUCCAGGCCAUGCAGUUAAAGAAAACUGAAACAUAUGAGAAGGAAAACUGUGGAGGGUUCCGACUGAUUUAUCCCAGUCUGAAUUCGGAGAAGUAUGAGAAGUUUUUCCAGGACAACAACUCCCUCUUCCAAAAUACCGUUGCUUCCAGGGCUCGGGAGGAGUAUGCCCGGCAGCUGAUCCAGGAGCUGAGACUAAAACGGGAGAAAAAGCCCUUCCAAAUGAAGAAGAAGGUAGAGAUGCAGGGGGAAUCGGCAGGCGAGCAAGUGAGAAAGAAGGGCGUGAGGGGCUGGCAACAGAAACAGCAGCAGAAAGACAAGGCUGCCACCCAAGCCUCCAAACAGUACAUCCAGCCAUUGACAUUAGUGUCCUACGCACCUGACUUGCUCUCAAGUGUCAGAGAUGAAAGGAAAAAUGAAACAGACGGCAGCCUCAAUGAGGAAGCCCCCAUGAAGGAGGCCGGCCCUGUUUCCCCCAAGCCGACGUCUGCGAGGCCCUCCAGUUCUGUACCAGACCUGAGGAAUAUCAGUCUCAGCAGCUCCGAGUUGGAGCCCAGUAAACCCAACUUCAGCAUAAAGGAGGCCAAGUCUGCCUCUGCAGUGAACGUUUUCGCUGGCACUGUGCACUUAACCUCAGUAGAAACCACCCCAGAAUCCACCAUCCAAGUCUCAAUCUCCCCAAAGUCUCCACCAACCCUGGCCGUGACCACCAGCUCUGAGUACAGUGGCCCAGAGAUGGAUAGGGUGGUAUCCUUUAAAUGCAAGAAGCAGCAGACCCCUCCACAGUUCAUCCAGAAGGAAAUGUUAAAACCUCUUCUGCCCACAAAAUCCAAGAGCUUCUGGGGGAGUCCGAACACAAACUGGAGUUUGCUAAAGAGUGACAUGAAGAAGCCACAUUUGCUAUCCGAGUUAUUGACCAAGCUUCAACUGAGGGGAAAGCUCUCCUUCUUCCCAGCUCACUACAACCCCAAGCUGGGAAUGAACAGCCUGUCACAAAACGCCUCCCUGCCUGGGGAGUGCCACUCCUGCAGUGACAGCUCUGGCGAGAAGAGGCAGCUGGAUAUGCCCGCCCUCCUCUUGCAGGGUCCUCAGAGCUAUAAUGUUACUCUGAGGGACCUGCUGGUGAUUACCACUCCAGCCCGACUGGAUCCAAGGCCUUGCAGAAGCCACACAAAUGCUAUGAGGGAGCCGUGUAUGCAGGAUCAAGAAGCAUACAGCCAUUGCCUGAUCUCUGGCCAAAAAGGAUGUUAGAGGAGCUAGAAUCAGACUGGAUCUCUGCCACUUUUCUCUUCCUACCGCUCAACUUGCAGGAAACGGUUUGUCUCUUCCGACAGUGUCUCCAAUGUUCACAGAAUCAACUGAAGUUUUGUUUCCUCAUCUAGAUAUCCUUGUCUUCCAUUAGCUCCUAUUAGCAGCACUGGGGCCAACAGCCCUGCCUUUGUGCCCUCCCAGUUAGCUUACAGUGCUACAGGACCAUGAUUUCUGGGGUUGGAUUGGUGCUGCCCCAGGACACACCCCAGUUGCCCUACGAGUGGCACUUCUCUGGGUUCCUCACAUGGCACCAUCAUCCAGAAUAUUCCGCCCAGAUAAAGCAACUUGGGGUGUAGUGUUUCAGAGAAGGACUCAUGAUUUCCAGGAGUCAAAAGCCCUCAGUCCACCAACAGAACUAUGCCAGUUGGUCUUCAUCUCCAGGAUAAAAGAUGAAGUCAGGGAUGGGCAUAGUGCAUAACUCUGAGCCCUGAGUGAGAUAACUGAGGCAGCUGCAACUUCACAAGGUCAAGGCCCGACCUCCGCCUAUCCCCUCCAGCCCAAAGACUUGCCACCUCAGUGCCUGAGCAUCUUCUGGCGACCUCCCUCAGCAGCCCAACUUAAUCUCACCAGUGAAAACAGAGGUGAGGCGAGAGUACCCAGCCUGAAGAUGCUUCUUCUAUCAACCUGCAGAAAUGUUACACUUUCCCUUCAGGCAUCCAUUAAUAAAAGAAAUUGCCAUGCUUACUGCCA